GGGGGUCUAGGAGCAGCAGGGCGCGGAGGGCCCCCCCCUCCGCGCUGGCGUCUCGCCUGGCGGCUGUUCUGAACGACAUUCAGUCCAAGCCCGCCCCGCCCGCCCUGCCCUUCGCCUCUGCCUCCGCCUCCCGCCUCUCCCCUCCCGCUGCCUCCGCCUACCUCUCUCCAUCCGCCUACGCCUCUGCUGCUCCCUCGGACUUCGCCUUUGCCUCUGCCACCACCUUCCCCACCCUCUCUUCCUCUCACGCCUCUGGCGCUCGCGGCAUGGAGGAGGAGCAGGCAGCGGCACAGAGGGGGGCUGCGGCGGGUGGGGCAGCAGGCAGAGAAGUGGUGCUGGUCGGGGGAAGGGUCAGGGGCUUGGACUCGUUUGACUUUUCCAGGGCUUCUGCAGAAGGGGUGACUGGUGGUGCUGGUGGUGGAAGCAGGGGUGCUGCUGUGUUUGGCAGCGCUGCUGGUGGUGGGGACACGGGUGGGAGCAGCUUCACUGUUGCCCAGGAUGUGCUGCAGGCAAUGGGAGCGAAUCCGUUGCUGCCACGUGGUGCGACCGGAUUCGACGACCUUCAGUCGCUGCAGCCCCCAGGGUCUCGCCGCCGAACCGCCGGUCUUUACGGGGUAGGAGAACUCUCUCUUGAUUAUAGGGAUGCUGUUUCUUUUAACGAAUCUGGCUAUAGCGGAUCUGGCUGUCGGGUUCCCUGGGGAGCCUGGGAAGGAGGAGCAAGUGGUAUGUCAGAUCAGCUUAUAAAGGGUUUGGGGGAGAAUGCAGCAAGAGGAGGCAACGCUGCAGUGGCAGCACUGUCCGCAGCUUGGUGGGAGGCUCGGGGACAGGUUGGAGCCUUGGAAUUCCCCAGGCCUACCGCCGGACCUGUAUCUGCCGACAUCACCGGCCCGGAUGUUUCUGGGAAGUUUCGGUCUGUGGAGAAAUUUGCGCGGGCACAGAUGGUGGCGAUGGCGGAGGCGGCAGAGGCGGGCGACACCGGGCGGUUUCACUCGGCGUUUGUGCAGCUGAAGCCGCUGGGGAAGGUGCGAGGAAAUGCGGUGGAGCGGUUGACGCACUACGUGUUGGAGGGGCUGAUGAGGCGCAUGGCUGGGACGGGGUUCCAACACUUCUGCACGCCUCUUAGGCGCCCUCCCAAGGAGCUAGACGAGGCCCUGACCCUGUACGCGUCGUCACAGCCCUUCCCGCUCUUCGCUAGCAUCUCUGUGGCGGGUCUAGUAGCGGAGGCAGUGAGCGGCAGCACGCACGUGCACAUAGUGGACUUUGGGUGCUUCCAGCCCAUCCACCUGCCCGUGCUCAUGGACCUCUUCGCCUCCCGCCCCGGGGGGCCGCCGUCUCUGCGCCUCACGGGGAUGGACACGGCGAGUUUCAUUUGUGCGGGGAGGAAGGAUUUUAAAAGGCUGAGGGCGAUGGAGGACGUGGGUAGGCGGCUGCGGGGCGUGGCGCGGCAUGUGGGCGUGCCGUUUGAGUUUGAGAGUGUGAAUGUGGACGAGGACAACCUGCAGCUGCUGUACCAGGUGAAGCGGCAGUGGCACGAGACGCUGGUGGUGGUGUGCGCUCUGGAGCUGCUGCUGCUGCCCGACUCCCCCAACGGACCUCGCCACUGCGUGCUGCGGUGGAUCCACGACAUGCAUCCAACGCUCUUCACCUUCUGUGAUGUUGAUAUGGACACCAACCACAGCGCCUUCCUCCCGCGCUUUCAAGACAUUGUAGACCACCACCUCGCCACCUUCCAGUUUCACGACGUCUUUCUCGGGAACGCCGACAAGCGCCUGCUCUCGGUAUUCGAGGAGAUUUACUUCGCGCGCUCUAUCAUAAACGGGAUUGCUUGUGAAGGGGAUGAGCGGGUGGUGCGGUCGGAGAGGGCGGGGCAAUGGAGGAAGCGGUUGUUAAUGAUGGGGUUUGCACCGUGCUCCAUUCCGACGCCGCUGUUCGCAAUGGCCGCCGAAGUCGGAGAGGGUAACUGCAUCGGCUAUGCCGCCAGGGAUCAGUCGGGAUUCCUCUCGCCCUUCAAGUUCAACCGCAGGGAGGUGGGGCCCAAGGACGUGCGCAUCCGCAUCACGCACUGCGGCAUCUGCCACAGCGACCUGCACCAGGCCAAGAACGAAUGGGGCGGCUCGCAGUACCCCAUGGUCCCGGGGCACGAGAUCGCGGGGGUGGUGGAGGCGGUGGGCUCCGAGGUGACCAAAGUGGCGGUGGGGCAGAGGGCGGGCAUCGGGUGCAUGGUGGACUCGUGCCGCACGUGCCAGCCAUGCGUGCAGCACGUGGAGCAGUUCUGCCCGCAGUGCGUGUACACGUACAACAAGGUCGACCCCAAGACGGGCGAGACCACGCAGGGCGGCUACUCCUCCUUCUACGUCUGCGACCAGGACUUCGUGCUGACGAUUCCCGACAAGCUGCCGUCCGACGUGGCAGCGCCGCUGCUGUGCGCGGGAAUCACGGUGUACUCGCCCAUGGUCUACUACGGCAUCAACCAGCCGGGCAAGCGGUUGGGAGUGGUGGGGCUGGGCGGGCUGGGGCACAUGGCGGUGAAGUUCGGCAAGGCGUUUGGCAUGCAUGUGACGGUGCUGAGCACGAGCCCCAGCAAGGAGAAGGAGGCCAAGGAGGUGUUGGGCGCGGAUCAGUUCAUUGUUACCAAGGAUGCUGACGCCAUGAAGGCGGCAGUGGGGACAUUGGACGCCAUAGUGGACACGGUGUCGGCACAGCAUGAGCUGGCGCCGUACCUGGAUCUCCUCAUGUUCAACGGCAAGAUGAUUGUUGUUGGCGUGCCCCCAGAGCCCUACGGCCUGCAUGCCGGCCAGCUCAUCUUUGGCCGCAAGACUCUGGCUGGUAGCUUGAUCGGAGGGAUCAAGGAGACUCAGGAGAUGCUGGACUUCUGUGCUGAGAAGGGGGUUGCACCUAUGAUUGAGACCAUUGACAUCCAGGGCGUGAACAAGGCAUAUGAGAGGAUGCUCAAGAACGACGUGAAAUACCGCUUUGUCAUCGACAUUGAGAAGAGUCUCAAGUAG